ACCUGCUUUUUCCUCUCUGGAACAAGUACCAGCCGUCGCUGGCAGGCAGGGCCCUUCGGGGCUGUCUCUUCCACAGCAGAAGAAUCAUAGCCAUGGUGAACUCGGGACUGUGGGCAACAGAAGUAAGAAUGUCUAAGCCCUUGGAACUGGAGAAGGUGCGGCUGGAGCUGCAAGAAGAACACACGGAUACAGAAAGAAAUGGACCUGACACAAACCAUCAGACUCAGCAGAACAAGCCUUCCCCGUUCUCCCCAUCCCCAACCAUCACGGGCACCAAGAUCAAAGCUGAAGACUCUACAGAAAUGCCUCCGGCCCCGGCCCCGGCCCCGGCCCCAGCCCCGGCCCCCCAAGCUCAGCAGCCGCACCUACCCCAGGCACAGCUUAUGUUAGCAGGCAGCCAACUUGCCGGGCUCACUGCCCUGAUGCCCGCCCAACAGCAGCUGCUCCUGCAGCAGGCGCAAGCACAGCUUUUGGCAGCUGCCGUGCAGCAGUCUAAUGCUGCUGCCGCUGCUGCCGCCUCUCAGCAACCCGGGGCUGAACUGCCAGCAGCACAGAGCCAGCCCCAGACGCCCCAGCUGGCCUUGUCCCAACCAAUCCAGCUCACGGCACAGGAUAUCCAGCAGCUGCUGCAGCUCCAGCAGUUAGUCCUCGUCCCAGGGCACCACCUCCAGCCACCUGCACAGUUCCUGCUGCCACAGGCCCAGCAGGGACAGCAAGGGCUGCUUCCGACACCAAAUCUAUUUCAGCUACCUCAGCAAAAUCCAGGGAGCCUCCUGUCGAACCAGCCUCGUGCAGGACUCCCAGCACAGCAAGUGACUCGGCCUGGCCUCCCCGAGUCCCACCUCACUCACUCACAGCCGCCCAAAUGCCUGGAGACCCCUUCGCAUCCCGAGGAGCCCAGUGACCUGGAGGAGCUGGAGCAGUUCGCCCGCACCUUCAAGCAGCGGCGCAUCAAACUGGGCUUCACGCAGGGUGACGUGGGCCUGGCCAUGGGGAAGCUUUAUGGGAAUGACUUCAGCCAAACAACCAUCUCACGCUUUGAGGCACUGAACCUCAGCUUCAAGAACAUGUGCAAACUCAAACCUCUUCUGGAGAAAUGGCUGAAUGAUGCUGAGACAAUGUCUGUGGACUCCACGCUUCCCAGCCCCAACCAGCUGAGCAGCCCCAACCUUGGUUUUGAUGGGCUGCCAGGCCGACGUCGCAAGAAACGGACCAGCAUUGAGACCAAUGUCCGCUUUGCAUUGGAAAAAAGCUUUCUAGCGAACCAGAAGCCUACCUCAGAGGAGAUCCUACUUAUUGCCGAACAAUUGAACAUGGAGAAGGAGGUGAUUCGUGUCUGGUUCUGCAACCGCCGCCAGAAGGAGAAACGGAUCAACCCUUGCAGCUCUGCUCCCAUAUUGCCUGCCCAGGGCAAGCCUCCUGGCUAUAGCCCUCACAUGGUGACCAGCCCAGGCACUGGCACAAGUUUGCCCCUCUCCCAGGCUUCCAGUAGUCUGAGCACAACAGUUACUACCUUGUCCCCAACAGUCUGCUCCCUGACCCCCAGUCGGACAGCAGUAGGAGCAGGGGGCACCACCCUCAACUCGGCCACGCCACCCCCAAGCAACAGCACAAAUCCCAGUCCACAGAGCAGCAGUCAUCCAGCUCUCAGCUUGCAAGGCCUGAAUCCCAGUACAGGAAGCACAGUGCUAGGGGUGAAUGCAGGGUUAAACACAGCUCUAAUGGCCACCAACCCACUGGCCACCAUACAAGCACUGGCCAGUGGUGGAAGCCUGCCAAUUACCAGCCUUGAUGCCAGUGGUAACUUGGUCUUGGGUACCAGCGCAGGCACAACUGGAAGCCAGAGCAUUGUGACCUCACCGCUCUUCCUCAACCAUGCGGGCCUGCCUUUGCUGAGUGCUACCCCAGGAGGCGUGGGGCUGGUAUCAGCAGCUGCUGCCGUGGCUGCUUCUAUGCCUAGCAAGUCCCCUACUCUGACCUCCUCCUCCUCCUCCUCCUCCUCCUCCUCUUGUUCCUCAUGCAGCUCCUCCAGUGACAUGGCGCAGACAAUGGGGCAAGUUGGUCCUGGAUCCACUGAACCGGAUGCCAAGACGGAAUGAGGGCUCAGGAGCAUCCUCGCUGCCUUUUCUGACACGGUGGGGGUAGCCAGGAGCGGACGUACAAACCGACACGUGAAACCAAAAAGAAAAAAAACCAAACAAAAACAAAACCACCAAAACCAAACAAAGAAUUGUCAGCAACAGCCAAACGAAAAAAAACCAACGAACCAAAAAAAAAAAUAACCUAAAGCAAACAAACAAAGCAAAAAGGGAAAAAAAAAGGAAGAAACCAAAAAGAAUUCCCCAAACCUUUGGCAUUCAUUUGUUUUUCCCCUCUGCAAAAGGAGACAGUCAAUGGUCUGUUUGAUUUUUUUAAUGAUUUAUCUUUUUCAUCUGCUCGUUUCCUGGACAGUACCAGAAAGGAAACCGAUAAAAUGGGGAUAAUUUUUUUUUGUAAAAAAAAAAGAAAAAGAAAAAAAAUACUUAAAAAAAACCUUUAAAAAUCCUUAAGGGGAAUACAAAUCUCACACCAAAAAUCACCAGUUCUAGCUUCACCCAAAGCUUUUUACAGACUUUUCUAUCUUCAGUGUCUGGUCGAAUGUCUUUCAAAAUGCUUUUAUUUAUUCUUAUUUAUUCUUUCUCUUUUCCUUGGAUCCAGAAGGGGUUGGGCAGGAAAAGAAUAGAUUGAUUUAAUUUCAGGAUCUUCCUAUAAAUAGUUUCUUUAUUUUUUAAAUUGUUCACAAAUGUUUCUGCUUUUUUGCUGUUUUUUUUUUUUAAAUGAAGCAAAUGAGAAGCUUUAUACACGUAUGGGGUUUCUUAGAAGAAAUGAAGGCUAGGAUUUUCAAAGGCAAUAAUAGAAAUCAGACACCAAGUUCCCACUAUGGAAACUGGUUUCUUGAUUGAUGUCCUGCAAUUUUUUUUUUUGCAUUUCUGCUUCUUUUUGUUUGCAAAGGGGUUAUUAGAUUACUCAGCCAUGUCACAGACUCCACAAAAGGACUUUGUGAUCACAAAAUUCUGAUUACUUGCCAGCUCAAACCUAUGUUAGCUAUCUGGGGCUUGAAGUAAGAUGGUGGGGGGAACCAGUUUACAAAAUUUCUUUGCUAAUGACCUUUCUGAGAUAUUGAUGUAUUGCAAGCAUGGGAUAUCUUGUGCAUCAGACUCUAGGCAUUGCAACGCCUGUUUCUGUCUCUCUCAAAAGCUCCCCAUUCCUGUAGUGAGGAUGGUAUGAGUUACAUCUGGCUGGAAUUACUUUAUUAAUGCUAGCUGGGCCACUCAGAGGGUAUAAAAUGCAAGUACUCUUUGCAGGACAUGAGGCAUUAUUGAAAGUCUCAGUCUUCAACUUUUUAAGGAUGGGCAGCACUAAAUCUGUACUUUUUUUCUAUCAGCUUGAACCUUUUCUUUGCUAGCUUUAAUUUUUCUAUUGAGCUUAGCUAAAAAAAUUUUUUUUUUUAUUGGUUUUGACUGGGGUUAGUAUUGGGUUAUUUUUCUGAAAACGGGGGAUGUGUAAUUUUUAUUAUUAUUAUUAUUGUUAUUAGUUUUAUAUCUGUGUUCUGAAAAAAAUACUCAUAUUCCAGUGCCUGACAAAAACCAAAACAAAAAAAAAAUGGGAAUUUCAGCAUUCUUUACAUUUUCCAGAAAAAACCAAAAAUUGAUAGACAUCACUACAGAAAACAACAAAAUGAAGACCACUGGGGAAUAUAAAUAAACGCAAACCACAGAAGAGGGAUAAAAAUCUCCUCAGUAAGUGGGUAUCACAGAGACUCGGAGGCGAGAGAAAAACUUUUAACCAAAAAUAACCAACCAAGCGAACCAAGGAAACUAAAAGAAAGAACCACAAAGAACUGUAAUUGAAGAAGAAAGGAUGAAAAUAUGUGGGAAUAAAGGGGAAAUCUUUACUUUCUCUGGUUAAGACAAAAUGGCUCAACCAUCUUUCUCUGUCCUGAAAAAAAUACCUCAUGGAAAGUUGUGUUGAGAAGCCAAGAUUUUAUAAACGGCAAAGAGACAGAUAAAUAAAUAAAUAAACAAACCAAAUUGACCGAAGUGGGAGGGCAAGAUCAGAAGAUCCUGUAAUUGUUCUCCCGGAAGUCUGGAGAGCUUUAAAAAUGGCUUCUCAAAACACUUUUUAAUUUUUUUUGUUUCUAAACUUUUUUUGUACAUUUUUUUUUCUUGGUCUUCUUUGUUUUAACUGGAUGGUUUGGGAUUUUUUUUUUAAAAAAUGUGUUGGGGGGGUUAGUUGAUGUGUUGGGGGCUCUUUGAAUGUCUUGUCUUUUAUUUUCAACUCCUGCGAACCAAAGUCUUGCUGUUGCAGAGAAGGAAGUUAGCCAUGGCAUACUGCGAUCUGGUAGAAAACAGAAACCAAACAAAAGGACAGAGUUAAAAAAAAAAGAUGAACAAGCAAACAAAAAAGGACUUUGAAACCUUUCUUGAAGGACAAAAACCCUCAACCUCAUUUUAUCUCCUGCUUUUGCUGUGCUAUAGCGUUCAGGUGGGUUUGAGAUAACAAAAAAAUACUGUGAAACUUUCCAAAACAGAAACAAACCAACAACAACAACAACAAAACCAGGAAACACCUAGUUUAAAAGACUGACUUGAAAAAAAAAGUUUUCAUCCCAUUCUGUGCGUGAGUGAGAGAGAAGCGCCGAGUAUUUAUUCAGACCUUUUAAGAUUUCAGUUAUGGUAUAAUGGUGGACAUCUGGGGGAAAAAAACCAUUUGGGAGAAAUAUUUCUCUCACUUUCUCUCUCUCUCUCAUGUGCUACUGAACGUGUUUCUAGGUGGAAUGUAACUGUUUUAGUGAUAUUUGUUAUUUUUCUUUCAUUUUUACUUUUUUGGGGGUAUCUAUUUUUUUUUAUAGAGAAAAUUCUAUGUUCCGCUUUAUCGCUUCUUACUGUAUUAAGAAAAAGACAAAAAAACAAACGCUAAAGGUUUGCAACAAAAAAAAAAAGAUAAAAAGGGGAAAAAAACUAAAAAAACAACAAAAAAAUACCAAAAACCAAAAUGUGUUGUUUUUUUUAAAAAAAAAUUGAUUCUAGACCAAAAAUGACCCUAUCUCCAUGCAUGGAGCUGAGUGGUGGUUGAAUGGCAUGGAGGGGAACAGUCAAGAUUUAUAGGGCAAGGAAGGAUGUUGGGAAGUAGGUUAGAUUGCUGUCAACCUGGAAACAAGCGUUAGCUUUUUCAGAAAGUUGAAAAGGUUUGAAAGGGGGUGCCUGGUAAUUGCUCCCUCUUUUGCCUUCAAAAACCAGCCAGAUGUUUGACCAGAGAUGACAGUGGGACGAAAGGAAGUACGCAGAGACAGGCCGUAGAAACAAUGCCUCUCUUUCAAAUCACAUCUCUCCAAAGUUGUCUAGCGUCAGCUUUAGGAAUGGAGAUAUGGGAGGUUACAACUACACAUUAACCAUGGGGACAUCACUAUCUCCCCUUCCCUCCCAAAUUGGUGACUACGUAAGGCAUUAAACAUAAAACUAAUCUGGGUAUAGGAAAGGAUGUGUUGAGGUUGAUUGAUUCAGAGCAAAACUAGCUGAUGUUCAGUUCUAACUUGGCCAAUGAUUUUAUGUGGCAUGAUAGUUCAGAGUCCAUAACCAAGUGUACCUCUCUAGUCCAUACACUUCUUCAACUGGCUGGUUAAAAAAAAAGUUAGAAGAUGCUGUGCCUUCCUCUUGGAAAACAGUUGCAUCUCUUCGUUCUGCUGACCUCCCCACUCCUAGAAGUUUUAGAAUGAGGAAGGAAAUAAAGUAAAACCAAAGCUGUAAAACCAAAUAUUUGCUCACACGCCUCCGUGCCAGUGCCCGACCCAGGGUUGGGGGGGCACAAGGGAGGGGAGGCAGGCUAAACCCCCUCCCUCUCCUUAACAGUGCCAAGACAUCCACCACAAGGCUCUUUGGAGAUAGCCCGCCAUAUACCUCAUAUACUUUAAUGAUAAACCAAAUAGAAAAGCUUUAUUAAGGGUGUGUGCUGUACAGGUCUGCUUGGGGCGGUGGGGAUCAGGCGCAGCAUCCUCUCACCCCGUAGAGGGAAAUCAAUAGGACAGCCCAGGUCCGAUGAAAUCUGGUCUAUUCAGUUUAGCUUCCAGGGUUCUGUGGAUAUUCUUUUUCUAUCAACUUGGAAAUGGACAACAUGGUUAGAAUGGAACCAUGGUAAGGACAGAAGACUGCAUCCACAAAGAAGUGGAAAAAAACACACUCGGGGCUGGACAUUGCUCUGUGGGCCUUGCUUACAUAGAAUUCUGCCCUGAUGUAAUGGGCACUCCGUACACCAGAGUAAAUUGGAGGAUAGCUGUAAUUCUGCUGUGGUGCAAGAGCAUGCUUGUAUCAAAGGAAGUUGAAGGUGGGCUUUGUUUCACACUGGACACGAAUCUCCUUUAGAAAUUUUGACUGGGAUCAUGCUUAAGGUCCAGUGGAGGGUUCUCUCCCUUCCCUGAACUGACUUCUCCAGGUUGCUUUCUAUCAGCUCUGACCAGUAUUGAGGUUAUGAGAAAAGGGAGUAUCAUUUAUAUGCCCAGGAGGGUCAUUGGUCAGUUUGAUAGCCUCAGAGGAGUGGAUCAAAUGGGCUGGCCUUUGCAUGAAGGAUGCUGCACUAGACCCCAAUUUCUUGCCAACACCACCCCAACAUGACUCGCCUGUUGCUGUAGCUGACCUGGGAGCAGUGGAAAAAUCGUGUGAUAACUUUGCCAAAGGUAGUUAGUUCCUAGUAUUCAUUUUUU